AGAAAGGGGGGGGAGGCGCGGGGGCCGGGAGCGGAGCUGCGGCACCUUUAAGAGAAGGGAGGACCCCUCUGCCCUCGGAGAAACCAGGAAGGGAGCGGAGAGCAUCAUACGGGGCUCCGCACACCCCGUACAGUUACAGUAGGGGCCGCGGCGCCGCCGGAGCGCGAGAGGGAGAGCGGGAGGGCGCGGGCGCAGUGAGGGACGGCACGGCCCGGCCCGGCAUCCACUGACCGGGGGAGGCAGCCAGGGCCGCCCCCUCCCCUUCUCCGGCCCCCUCCCCCGCCGGACCCCCGCUCUCCUCCUGCUUCUCCUGUCCUCCUGUCUUCCUCUUCCCGGGACCGGCGAGAUCUUGGCGUGAAAGAUGGCCGGUGGUGUGGAUGGCCCCAUUGGGAUCCCCUUCCCUGACCACAGCAGCGACAUUCUGAGCAGCCUGAAUGAACAGAGGACCCACGGCCUACUAUGUGACGUGGUCAUCCUGGUGGAGGGCCGAGAGUUCCCCACGCACCGCUCCGUGCUGGCCGCCUGCAGCCAAUACUUCAAGAAGCUUUUCACGUCGGGGGCUGUGGUGGACCAGCAGAAUGUCUAUGAGAUCGACUUUGUGAGCGCGGAAGCCCUCACCGCCCUGGUGGACUUUGCCUACACAGCAACCCUCACCGUCAGCACAUCCAAUGUCAGUGACAUCCUCAACGCUGCUCGCCUGCUGGAGAUCCCGGCCGUCAGUGACGUGUGCGCCGACCUCCUGGACCGCCAAAUUCUGGCCAAGAAUGACCAGAUGGAUUUAGUAGAUCAAAUUGAUCAGCGGAACCACCUCAGAGCCAAGGAGUACCUUGAAUUCUUCCAGAGCAACCCCAUCAACAGCCUCCCUAACAACUUCCCGUGGACCAACCCCAACUUUGCCGGCCCAGAGGAUGAGGAGGAUGAGGAGGCGGCGGCGGCAGCUGUGGCGGCGGCCGCGGCCGCGGCAGCCACGGCGGCCGCUGGUGGUGAAUGCAAUGGCCUGGACUUCUAUGCCCAGGGUGAGCGACCAAAGGCCAAUGAUGGUGACCCAGACAGCAGUCAGGGCCUGUGGCCCGAUCGUGAUGAGGAGGCAGCCCCAGGGGCCAGCCUCUUCCCCCCCUCACAGAAUGGGCACUAUGGAGGCCGCGGCGGUGGUGCUGGGGGCGAGGAGGAGGCUGCCUCCCUUUCAGAGGCUCCCGAGCCCGGGGACUCCCCCGGCCUUGUGUCGGGGACGGCCGAUGGGGAGGACGGCGACGGGGCAGAGGUGGACGGGCUGGCCGCCAGUGCCCUGCUGCAGCAGAUGAUCACCUCGGUGGGGCGGCAGGCUGGUGGUGGGGGCAGUGAGGAGGAUCAGCGCAAGGAGGACGAGGGUGUCAUGGAUUAUUACUUGAAGUAUUUCAGUGGCUCCCAUGAGGGCGAUGUCUACCCGUCAUGGUCCCAGAAGGUGGAGAAGAAGAUCAGGGCCAAAGCAUUCCAGAAGUGCCCCAUCUGUGAGAAGGUGAUCCAGGGGGCGGGCAAGCUGCCCCGUCACAUUCGUACCCACACUGGUGAAAAGCCCUAUGAGUGCAACAUCUGCAAAGUCCGAUUCACCAGGCAGGACAAGCUGAAGGUCCACAUGCGGAAGCACACGGGGGAGAAGCCCUAUCUGUGCCAGCAGUGCGGGGCUGCCUUUGCCCACAACUACGACUUGAAGAACCACAUGCGGGUGCACACAGGCCUGCGGCCCUACCAGUGUGAGAGCUGCUUCAAGACUUUCGUCCGCUCCGACCACUUGCACAGGCACCUCAAGAAGGACGGCUGCAACGGAAUCCCCUCCCGCCGAGGCCGCAAGCCACGGGUGCGCGACUCGGGGGCGGGGGCUGCUCCGGCCCCUGCACCAGUGGCCCAGGACGGCCGGCGCCACCGGCCCGAGAAGCACUUUAAGGAGGAAGAGGAAGAGGAUGAGGAAGAAGAGCAGCCCCAGCCUGAAGCCCCGGGCAGGUUGAAUGUAGCGGGAGGGUCAGCUGACGGUAACUUAACGACCGGACUCUCCUAAAACCAAAAACACAGAGAAAAAUUCUAUCUAUAUACAGAUCUCUCUAUAUACAUAUAUAUAUAUAUAGACAUAUAUAUAUAUGAAGCGUCACAAAAUCUAGUUAGUUCUAUCCUCCGAUUUUCUCUUUAAUGAUGUUUUCUCCCUCCCUCUUCCAAUCCCCUUCCCUUCCAGGACCCCAUGAUUUUUGAGAAGACUCUUUCUAGGCCUGCCAUCCCCCUCUCCACCAGGAGGGGACCCAGGGAUCUGGAUUUUGGCCCAUCCGAGGCCAUUUUCGAGGUGGCAUUGGUGGCAGGCUCCAGGCCCCAACUCCAGGACUUGAUUUUGGGCCUGGUUGGGCUCUGGAGGGUUCAAGGUGGGGUAGGGGUGAUUGACAGUUGGGUUUUUAUUUUUCACUGGUUGGUUGGUUCCUUCCCACUCUCCCUCCCCCCAAGUAAUGUCAUGAGGGGUAGUGGGGAAUGGUAGGAGUCCUUCUUCCUGAGUCUUUCAGACAAGACCUUAAAAGAUGUCCGUCCGCUGCUAGUGGACGUUAAAAUAGCCCCUUCCCCACCCUGCUCCUUGAUCUUGCUCUGCACACCGCUGACCCCUUCCCUUUCCUCAGGGCACUUAUUGGGGGUUGUCCCCACCCCCUCCCUCGCACAACUUUCCUAUUCCCCAAAACCACCUUUCCUCCCUCCCCCUCCAACUCCUGCUUUUACUCUCCUGGGGUGUGGGGGAGGCUGAGAAUGGGGGUCAUGGCUCCUAGAUGCCUACUUGGGCCCCCUCCCUCCUGGCCUUUGAAACCCAAAUAUAUUUAUUUUCUUGGGCUAAUCAAGGAGGAGAGGAGGCCCAGGGAUGGGGGGAACUGGGGAAAUGGAGUGGGGUACACUGAGGGGAUCCUCCCUCCCUCCUGCCUCUGCACUUAACUACUUAGUGUGAGUCCCUGCUCUGUGGGCUUCCUCUCCAUCUCUGCAAACCCCCCCCCCCCCCGCCCGGCCAGGGUGAGCCGUAUCAGGGACCCCGUCAUCUCACCCUGCCAGGGGAGGUGGGGGGGCCACUUAACAGCCUGCGUGGCCUUGCCAGCCCCCCUUGGGGAAAGAGAUGUUCAGAGAUUAAAAGCCCUUUCCCUCAAAAAGCACUUUUUAGAUUAUUUUUAAAAACACCUUUCCAGAGAGGCAGCACAGGGUGAAUGUCGGCAGAGAGAGGAUGGAGGGGGAGGCGGGGUGGUCAGGGCAGCUGGUGCCAGGACCAGAGCCAGGCAGGUGGGGGAGGGAGAGGAGAGAGAGUGGAGAUGUUUGAUGCAGUGAAAGCAAUAAGUAAAAAAAAAAAAAUUUAUAAAAUGGAAGAAAAAAAGUAGAAAAAGACAAAAAAACCAACCACGUUUGAAGUCUUAGCACUUUGUGAUGGAACGGGUACUACACUUUAUCUGAAUUCUUAAUUUAAAAACAUGUUUACAAGUUGCAACCAACUUCUAUGGAAAAUUAAAAAGACAAAAAAAGUGAUUAUUACAAAAAAAAAAAAGAAAAAAGAAAUUCCUUUAAAAAUCAAUUUAUUUUUGUAAAAAACAAUAAAAAGAAAAACCCACUGAUGCAGAAUCCACUUCUGUUUCCCGCAGUAGAACCAGGAACUGGGCUUAGGGGGUUCUGUGAUAGGACUAGAACCUUCUAGAACAUUUGCCCAUUGCAACAAAGCUUGAAUCUCAGGCAGGAAUAUGGGGUUUUGUGUUGGGAUGAUUUUUUUUCUCCUUCCCUCCAUUUUGUUCUCUCUUUUUUGGUUCUCUCAUGGUUUUUCUCCAUAUCUUACUUGCCAUUGUUGGCCAGAGAUGUGGCCCUUGGCCCUAGUGGGUCUCCUGAGACGAGGGAGUGCUGAGAAAGGGCUCUGUCUAGAUCACUUGCAUUACAACCAGCUAGACCAGUCCGAAAGGUCUUUCUGAAAUGCCUGCCUCCCGUUGCCCUGGGCCCCUCAUGACCCCACAACCCCAUUUCCUACUCUAUGCCCAUAUUCCCUCAGGACCUGCCUUUUGGCUUCCUUCCAACAUGGUGGACUAAAAACAUGGCUCGAAGAGUCUGCCUGGAGCGGCCAUCUUGAAAGGCCUGUUACCAUUCAAUGGGGCCCCAGGACGGGGAGGUACCCGAUUUCAGGGCCUCUUUUGCCCGACACCCUUGUUUUUAUUCUAAGGCACUGACUGUCAAAUGAGGGUCUCUCCCUGGGAUGCCCAUCCCAUUUAGGCCAUGACUGGGGAAAUGGUGUUGGGGGAAACCUCUUCCAGAGACCAGACCUCGCCGGGCCCUGCGGACAGGUCCCUCUGAGUUCUCACCUGUCGGCACAGCCCCGGUGCCCAGCCCAUUCUCCCCCUCCCGGGGGCUUUCUGCAGUCUCUUGGGAGGAGGCGGCUUUGGGGUACCCCAAUCCCGGGCCCCGGGCCCCGGCCGCUCUAACUCCUAUACUCCUAGAGGGUACCUCUGCUUAGCACUGGCCCCCCUCACACAUAUGCAAAAACCCGGUGCGGACUUGUAAAUAGACGCAACUUUGGAGUUCCUUCUGGUAAAGCCCCAAGCGGUGGUAUCUGUUUCCUUAGCUUCAGCCGCCAGCAUCCCAGCUCCUGAGCUCCCCCUUCCCUUUCUCCGCACACCUUCGAGAAGUUUAAAAAAUUUAAAAAAGGGAAGUUUUCGUAGAAGGUGGCUUUAAAAAAGUCCCGCUCUCUCCCUCCCCAGAUGUCUCAGGCCCACCGGGACAGGGACCCCCGCUUCGUCUCCCCCCCUAGGCGGGAGCUGGAGCCCGGCCUUGGCUGACUACUCUCGCCCCUCCCAGCCUCAGCCUGGCCUAUUUCACACCUGAAAAAUCACAGGGUGAGCUAUUUUGGAAUCACCAUCUGCUCCAGGGAGGGAGGAGUGACAGGCUCCCCAGCAAGGGGGAGGGGAGCAGAGGGGGGCAUUUCGGGGAACAUUUCCCCAGGUGCGACCUCAGGACCUCCCCCUCCUCCCUUCCUGGGGCCCCUCAGCAAUAAAACCAGUCAAAGCGACUCCCCGGCUGAAGCCUCUCGGCAGGCCCAGGGCCUGACUGGUCCUGGCAGGGCCUGGUGGGCAGCUGCAUUUGGGGAACACAGAUACCACCCCUUCAUCUGCUGACGACAUUAAGUUAGAAGGGGGGGAGGGGGACAGGACUUGUAGGCAACACUUUAACACGAACCUCGAGAAGGUUUGCACUAAACCCCAGCUCCUCUUCUCCCGCUGCCUGCCUGCGCGCCCGCCUCCCGCCUCCCCCUGUGCCCCUCCUGUCCCCAGGCCCGUUCUGCCUUAACCUCCUUCCCUGUGCAUGGGACCUCAGACAGGCUGCCCGGCUCUCCCUGCUCAUUCACAUAGUGUAUAUAAACCUGGAUUGAUUUUAUUUUUAUUUUUAAAUUAAGGUUGUGAUAAAGUGUUGCCAAAGAAUUAUUGCAUUUCAGGAAAAAAACAGAAAAGCAAAGUGUGUGUGUGUGUGUGUGGUGGUGGUGGUGGUGGUGGUGGUGGGGAACAUGUGACGCGUCAACAGAAACAGCAGAAUUGAUUUGUUCCAUGGUUUUGUUUUUAAAUGACAGCAACAAGACAAAAUUGUUCCUUCCUUGCAUCGUGGUGAAGCCGUGUUUGUGCGUCCGCUACUGGGCCAGGGCUCGCCGUAGGCAAGGGCCCCGGGGGAUUGGACGCUCUCCCCAGGAGCCAGGGGUCUCAGGGGACCAACCCCAGGGGGAUACGGAGGAGGCCCCGGCCGGAGGAACUCUCCCCGUUCCCCUGCCGCCGGUGUCUCUAGACAGCGUCAGCCAGAGGGGAGCUCACGGCCAGGCUAGGGGCUUCGGGGGUAUGUGGCCAUGUCCCUGAUGCUGCUUCUCCCCUCCUCUCUCCCUCUGAGAUUAAAACUAUAACAAAAACUCACCAAGACCAUGCAAAAAUACUAUUUAAAACAGGAACCAGUGAAUGUAAUGUGAUGGACGAGGGGCAGGAGCAGGAUUGGGGGGGGGGGGUCUGCACUGGCUCAGCUGGCAGUCCGUGGGCUGUCAGGCAGUCGUACCAAAGUGUGCUGUCCCUUCCUCCGAUAGGCAGGGAUGGGGGACAGCCAAGGGCCAGCGCCAGGAGGCUUCCGGGCUUCCCGACGCCUGGUCCCGUCAGGGAUAUCUGUCCCUGCCUCCAUGUUUAGGGUCCCCACAGCCAUUCCACAAACCCAAUCCCCCCCCCAACCUCCUCGAUUACCUUUGUAACUAAGCUUCUAUCUGUCCCUCUAACUCCCCUCCUUUGUGGGGGUGUCUCCCUUCUACCCCCCAAGGUCAGAGUGGGAUGAGAACUGGGCAAAAGCCCUGCUUCCCAGGACAAAGGUACCUUAGAAGGGGUCGGGGGGUUGAGGAUUGGGCUGUUGUUCUUUGCACUAAUUAGACCCACUGACCACAAAGGGAGUGGUUCUGUUGCACAUGGCCAAGGCUGGAGGUCAGCAUGGAGGAAAGGGUUCAACCCAGGGAUUUGAGGGCAAGAGAGAGGAGGAACGAAGCACUCAGAGAUGACAGGGAGUCGGGAGGUGGGGAACAGGGGGAGGAAUCUCUGUACUCUGGGGAAGCCAUUCCUCUCCCCCCACCCCCCAUGCCAGACACUUCCUUGCCCAGCCGUGAGCACCCCAGCUCCGGAGUUAAAGAUUGUUCAGGCAGCCGGAUUGGAGAAUAGAAACCUAUUUUUUAAGAAAGAAAGAUAUUUAUAUUUGCAGUUUAUUUUAAAGAGUUAUUUAAGCAGAGGAAGAGUGCGGCUGAGUCCGGCUUGAGCCUGGGGGAGCAUAGUGUCUGCAGGACGACCGGGUCCCCAGAGCCAAGUCUAGCUCUCUCUAUAUAUCUAUAUAUACAGAUUUAAACUUUAUUGGGGCGUGUGGGGGAGUGGCUGUGUGGAGGGGGGGAGAGGCACACAAGAGUUUCCGGCCGAUCCCUUCCUCUCGAUGGUGGAGGAAGGGGGGGCUGGCAAGGUGGUCGAUGGGGUUCAGAGCCCUGGGGUCUGGGGGGGUUCCCAGCCAGCAGAUUCAAGCACAGAGAAGACAUUCCAUGGACUGUAUCUGAGUGUUUAUAACGUGUGGGAGAAAAAAGAAAUGGAUUAAAAUGCACUUUUGGGGGAGGGGGGGCUUUAAAAAUAAUUUUAAAAACCCAAAAAAAGGACAAAAAUGAAACGCAAAACAUUCAUUUUUCUUGUAUAUAAAGACCACUAAAAACAGCUGUAAACACC